ACCAACUCACAGGUAUCGGCUAAAUUUUCAUAACGCUAGUAGACAAUGUCGCUUGAAACAGUACCAAAGGAUCAAAGAAACUUAAGGGCCUGCCUUUUAUGUUCAUUGGUUAAGACUUUGGAGCAAUUUGAGUAUGAUGGUUGUGAUAAUUGUGAGGAGUAUCUCCGUAUGAAGAACAACAGAGAACAAGUUUAUGACUGCACAAGCUCAAACUUUGAUGGAUUAAUUGCACUAAUGGGACCAGAGGAUAGUUGGGUUGCCAAAUGGCAGAGAAUUGGAAGAUUUGUGAAAGGCUGCUACGCUAUUUCUGUGACAGGUCGACUUCACCCCAGUACAAUUAGAGAUCUCAAAAGUAAAGGUGUGUUCUACCGCUCCAGGGAUACUAGUCAGAAAACAUGAGGUGGAGAGAAUCUGAUCUUUGUGUCUGGGUGCAGCCAUUGAGUGUUCAGAGGAAUGUCUGUGAAAGAGAAUGUGUAUCUUUGGUGAAGAAUGAGGACAAAUCUGCUCUUUUUUAUGGAUGGUUGAUUCUGUAUAUAAUACCUAUUCAUGUAUGUGUUGAAGUUUUUGGACAGACAUGGGCUAUGACUACCAUAAUAUAAAAAAAUGUACAAAAUAAAUGAUUUUUAUGACACAGUU